AUGUUUGACCUCCUUAAUGCUCAGUUGGGUCCAGACCCCGAUGUGCCUAAUCUCUCUAAUAAUCUCCAGCUUCUCUCUCAGGCACUAUGGAACCUUCCUGACCUCGUUGAAACUAUGUCAAGCUCUCUCAGGUAUUCAUUUGCGUCUUUUUCCUCGAUUGGCUCAGAGAACAAGAUAAUGCAAGCAAACAUAGUACGCAUGAAAUUUACGCCGGGUGGCAUUCCACUGAAGGAACGCGGUGGAUAUAGCAUAGGUAUACCCUACUAA